UGAGAAGCGCGCCGCCUGACGUCAGGUCUGAAACACAUUUAUUUACACCGGCUACCGGCUACACUAUGGCAAACGAAGGUGCGGACGAGCUCGCCGCACCAAACGAUACUGUCAUGCCGACGGCAGCUGCUGUAUUGCUCAUUGUUGGUGAACCAGCAACCGAGGAUCACAGAAGUUUGAUUUUGGAGAAGAUUUCUAAAGGAUUCAAGUCUUGGGAUAUUGAGGCCAGUGGUUGUGAUAUCAAUGAAGCACUAAGAGCCAUUGCUACAGAGGCACCAGUGGGGAAAGAUGGAUUGAAUGGUGAACACAUUGUUGAACAUCAGUCUGAGACACUCUAUGCCCAAGUACUGGUCAAUCCACAAGUCCAGACAGUCAGAAAUGCUUUGAAGAAGUUUCUUCUUAUCAACACUCUUCACAAGCAUCUCAUCUAUGCUGGUCAUGCCUUUCAAGGUUCUGGAGGAUGGAUACUUCAAGAUGAUGUUUUUUCCUACAAUAAUUUUGCUCACUGCUUUCGUGAGGCAGAUGUAGAAAAUGGGCUGAAGAAGCAGAGUGGUGGAACCCUUAGUAUCCACACUUUUGACGAAGGAGAUUGGAGCAAUGAACAUAUUGCCAAGCAGGACUUUUCUAAGUUGCUUCAAAUUGCAGUUAAUCCAGAAGGAAAACUGACUGAGAUAACUGGUAUUCUGCAGUUCACUGCCUAUGUCUCCUAUUUUGUCAAGGUUAAGCUGCCACAAGAUUUGUUGCAGUCAACUGAGGUGGUUGGCAACAUUCGCUUUAGUAAGCCUACUCUGUAUAUAUUUCCUGGAUGCCAGGGUGACUCUGCUUUAUUUGGUGUUAGUGGCUUCAAUUUGCUUAUAAAUGGUGGAUAUAGCAGGAAAGCAUGCUUCUGGGACUUCACGCGCCAUUUGGAUCGUAUAGAUGCUAUGCUCCUUACCCAUCUUGGGGCUGAUAAUCUGUUUGGAGUCAGCAAUGUCAUCCAGAGAAAGGUAGCUCAGAAUGUCCACCCAGAAAUUGGCUUUGUGUACUUUAAUGCAGUAGAAAAGAGCAAGCACUCUCCUAAUGGUGAUACCCUGCCCGAGGCCGAUUCCCAUAAAGAUGCCAGUUUGCUAGUCAACUUAGCUGAAGAAGGCAUUAGGCUGGUUGAAAGUUUGAAGCAGUUGGGCCAUCCACCCUCUCCAUGUAUGCGUAAUUUAUCAGAUCCAAAUAUCACACCAAUCAAUCUGUACCACAAAGUGGGACAUGGCACACUUGACAUGUAUGUCCUGAACCCAGUUCAAGAUAGUAAAGAGUUGAAAGAUUUCUUGCAUCAGUGGAACAAACAAACCAAUCACUUCAGUUCAGCCAAAUCAGCAGUGAAAGUGAAUGACAAAUCAUACCACAUUCCUCUGCCCAACAUGUUGUCAAUCUGUGCUCUUCUUGUAUGGCGUCCAGCCAAUGCCAAUGAAAGUAUCAAUAGAAUCUUAUUCCCUGGUAGUGCCCCACAAUACAAAGUAUUUGAAGGACUAGAAAGACUCAAGCAUCUAGAUGUCCUGAAGCAUGCCCAAUGCACAGCCAACAGCUUGAAUGUCAGUAGUAAACCUUCCAGCAGGAAAGUUUCAUCUGCAGGAAAGCUGAGUUCAAGACCUGUGUCAGCUAAGCCCAUUCAGAAAACUGUUGUGGAAAAAACAGAAAAGAAGAUGGAAAGGAAACCAAGAGAUGUCAGGUCUCCUAAGGUUAAGGACAAGAAAGAAAAGAAAGAUGCUGAAAAGUCACCAAGAAAGAGAAGCCCUAGUGAGACACCUGUAGAUUCUGCCACAGCGUCAAAAGAACCAACACCACCAGUUUCAAAAGAACCCACUCCUCCACCAUCUAAAGAACCCACUCCUCCACCAUCUAAAGAACCUACUCCCCCACCAUCUAAAGAACCAACACCCCCACCAUUUAUAGAGCCAACACCAGAAUUAGAUGUCAUGAAGGAAGGCAGUCCAGCAGUAGAUGAAGACAUUGUACAGUCUGGAGGAACAACACCUCGUGAAGAAAGUCCUGUUCCUCUUGCUGGCGAACAUGGAGUAGCCCAUGAUUCUGAAGAACAUGUGGCAGCAUUGCAGGGAACCAGUGCUGAAGAGGGUUUACUGAUUGAUACCUCUGGUAUCAGUGCACCGGCCCCAAUUGAUAUAUCCUCAUCAGAGGAUAAACAAGAAGUUCAUGAUGAAGUAGAAGAGGUGCCAUUUGAAGACAUCACAAAGUCAUCAGAAACACAAGCAAAGACAGAACCCUUGGAAGCUUGGCCUGAAGGCCAGGUCCAAGAAGCACCAGCAGAGCUUGGAUCUCCAGAACCAUUGCCAGAUCCAGAUAAAUUUGAUGCCACAGGAUUUGAGAUGGCUGCAGCAGAGGUACCAUUAGUAGAGAAAGAGCCAAAACCAAUUGACAGACAAAUAGCUGAUGAAAAAGAUAUUGACACCCAAGAAACUGAAAAAGAAGCAGAAGCAUUUGGGCGAUCAGAGGAAAAGGUUGAAGAAAUUGAAGAAGCGCUGGAUAGUGCUGAAAGGGCAGGUUCCGUUGAAGAUGAAGUGCCAAUAUUGGAGCAACAAAAAACUGAUUUUGAAAAAGUGAAAGUGAAUGAAGAAAAGAUUUCAGAAGAACAGGCAGUAAAACUGUUAAAAAAUGAGGAUCUCCCUGAAGCAGAACCAGUUUUAGAAAGCUCCCCAGAAGAUUUGAUGGAACAAAAGGAAGAAGUAGCUGCAGAUGAGACAGUACCAAAAGAGGAAGUUAUGGAUAAAGUAGAUGCAGAUGAGGCAGUAGCAAUAGAGGAAGUUAUAGAUAAAAUAGCUGCAGAUGAGGCAGUUGAGACAGUACCAGAAGAGGAAGUUAUGGAUAAAGUACUUGCAGAUGAGGCAGUACCAAGCAAGGAAGUUAUAGAUGAAGUAGCUGAAGAUGAGGCAGUACCAAGACAGGAAGUUAUAGAUGAAGUAGCUGCAGACGAGGCAGUACCAAAAGAGGAAGUUAUGGAUAAAGUAGUUGCAGAUGAGGCAGUACCAAAAGAGGAGGUUAUAGAUGAAUUAGCUGCAGAUCAGGCAGUACCAAAAGAGGAAGUUAUAGAUGAAGUAGCUGCAGAUGAGGCAGUACCAAAAGAGGACGUUAUGGAUAAAGUACCUGAAGAUGAGGCAGUACCAAGACAGGAAGUUAUAGAUGAAGUAGCUGCAGACGAGGCAGCACCAAAAGAGGAAGUUAUAGAUAAAGUAGCUGCAGAUGAGGCAGCACCAAAAGAGGAAGUUAUAGAUGAAGUAGCUGCAGAUCAGGCAGUACCAAAAGAGGAAGUUAUAGAUGAAGUAGCAGCAGAGGAGGCAGUACCAAAAGAGGCACUUAUGGAUAAAGUAGCUGCAGAUGAGGCAGUACUAGAAGAGAAGGUUAUAGAUAAGAUGAUGGUAGAGAAUCAACUGACUCAAAAAACUGAAUUAGAACAUAAAGAUGAAGUUGUCUCUGAAACACUAGUAGAAGAACAAUUGGAAGUAAUUGAAACACACGAAAAAGAAGAAAAGGUCACUGAAGCACCAGCUUACACCCAAAUAGAUGAAGAAAACAUACUGCAAGAUGCAGUUGAGUCAGAAAAAAAAGAUGAAGACCAAGAUGAAAGUGUUGAAGGGACUGAGACUGCGCCUACAAAUAUCCUGGCAACUAUUUCAGCUACUUCUACUGAAAAGGAAACAGAUGAGUUCAGUGGAGAAGAGACAGCAGAUCAAACAUCCAUGAUUCAAGAACAGGGACCUGAGACAAAAGUAGAGGAAAAUGUUGAAAAAGAAACCCAGAGGGAAGAAUACAUGUCCACAGAGAGAGGCACCGUUUGUGCAGAAGAACCUGAGGAAAAAGAAGAUACUGAUUUUGAGAAGGCAAUAGCCAAAGAUGCAGAAAUUGCAAUAAAAGCAGCACCUGUGGCUGCAGCUUUAUCUGAUGGAAUUGGCUCAGAACUAGAAGAAAGAGAUGUCCAAGAAUUGGUAAAACCUGCUGUAGAAGAGCAUGAAGAGAAAAAUACAGAACCGAAGGAACAAAAAGAAAUUAUGGCUGAUAAAGAUGUGUAUGAGGAAACUGCAGAAGAUGAAGAAAAAGAUGAGAAUGAUCUGUGUAAGGAAAAAGAUGUAGUACCAGAAACUGAUAAAAUAGAAGUAGAAGAAGAAAGAAAAAUCCAAGAAUUGGAAAAGACACCAGCUAAAGAACAUGAAAAGAAAGGUACAGAAGAGCAAGAAGAAGAUUUAACUGAUAAAAAUGUCUAUAGAGAAACCGAAGAAGAAGACAAAAAAGAUGAAGGUGACCUGUUCCAAGAAAAAGAGGCAGAACCAGAAACUGAGAUGGUAGAAGAAAUAGAAGAAGAGGAAAGAGAAAUUCAAGCAUUGGAGAAACCAGCAAGAGAAGAACAGGCUAAGAAAGAAACAGAAUCACAGGAAAAAGUAGAAUGUGCUGUAGAAAAAGAUGUCUAUGGAGAAACUGCAGAGGAAGAAAAAGAUGUAGAACCAAAAUAUGAGAAUGUAGAAGAAACUGGAACAUUGCCAGUAAACACACAAAGUGAAGGUGAAAAAGAUGAAAAUUCAGAAGACAUAAAAGUACCUUUGACAAGUAAACAAGAUGAAUGUGUGCUUAUGGAAGAGUCAAAGAUAUCAAGAUAUGAAGAAAAAUUGGAGGGUUCCAUGAUAGAUGAGCCAACAGAUAAAACACCCAUAGAUUUAGAAACUGAGGAAAAUGCAGCACAAGUUGGAGGAAAGCAGAUUCAUUCUGCACCUGAACCUAAUGCUCACCUUGUAGAUACAUGUGAAAUAUCCAAAAAAGUGAAAGAGGACCAGUUUGAUGAAGAGGAAGAAAAGGAAGUAGUUACUGAAGACAUUAAAUCACAGCAUACAGAGACAGAUGAAACAUUGCCACCAGAAGUUGAAGCUUCUGAUGAUUUAAGGGCUAUGGUGGAAAGUGCAAUGGAUGAACAGGACACUGUACCUGAAGAUGAUGCCAUGAAGGAAGUGGAGAAGGAAGAACCAUUGGAGAAAGAAAGAGUUUUUGAUGAGAUCCAAAUCCCCAAAAAUGAUAUAGAAAAAGAACUGGCUGCCAAAUCUUUUUCUGCAGUCAUUGAUGGGGAAAUGCAUCAACAAGAUGGUAUUGGAAAGGACAAGGAUGACCAGUUAGAAAUAAAAGGUAAAGAAUCUGAAGAAGAUGAAGGAAUUGCUGAUACAGAAACCCCUACAUCUCCCCUAGAAGGCAUGGAUCCUGAUAUAGAAAAAUGCCAAGAGCCAGCAGAUGUAAAUGAAACAGAAAAUCUUCCUCACUUAAAUGUGGAAUCAAGGCUUUUGGAAGAGACUGCUGUGGAUGAAAAUGAUAUACAGAAAGAAAUACCUUCUGAAAAAGAAGUUACCCCUGAUAUUGGCAGUGAAAAGUUAACAAAAGCAGAAUUAGAUUCAGAAGAGGAAGAUGAGGACACAACAGCUACUGCCCCACCUGUGGAGGAAAUUUCUACUCCUGGUGAAGAGUUGCCUGUUGAUAAAGCAUUCCUCUCUGGGCCUCUUUUAAGUGAUGACUUAAGGGCUAUGGUAGAACAAUCCAUGGGUGAGGAGACAUCCAAACAGAAGAGUAUUUUACAAUCUGAAGUGGCCAGCAGCUCAAAACCAGAUCUUCUCUCAGACCACAUGGAUGAUGAAAGGUCAACAGCAUAUAGCCAUGCUUCUGAGAAAACCACAGAUGAAGAAUUUGAUCCUUUGAAAGAAUGGGGUAAGCCUAUGGGACUUCCUGCACCUCCACCCCCACCUGCUGAUGAGAGUGGUCAAGGUGACAAGGCAAAGAAACCUAGGCCAGCUUCCACUUCUAAAACUACACACACCAGAGCCAAGAAACCAGCAGCUGAUUCUCCAAAGGACACAAAUCCUAAUCUCAAGAAACCAAAGACCACCACAAAAACUACUCCCAGAACUGGAACACCUACUUCCAAUGCUACUAAUGGAAAGAGAGAAAAGUCAGCAGACAAUAAGGUCACAGAGGCAAGAAGAAGACCCAUGUCUUCAACUCCAGUUACAGCUACAAAGACAGAAGUCAGAAAAACCAUCACCAAAUCUACCACUAAACAUUCUGACAGAGUGUCUUCAAAGUCAAGAUCAACCCCACCUCUUGGCCCAGUCACACCAUUCUAUUUGGAUCUGACCUAUGUUCCAUACCAUGGCAGUCCCCAUUACUGUGAUGUUGAUUUCUUCCGUCGUGUGAGAGCUCGAUACUAUGUCUUCAGUGGCUUGCAUCCAUGUCCUAACACCUUGAAUGCACUUCUUGAGGCUAAGAUGACAUGGGAAGAGAAGGACAUACCAGUGACCAUAAUACCAACAUACGACACAGAUACACUGCGCCAUUGGAUGGGCAUGCACCGUGAUCAGCUAGGGCAGCUGAAGAUUGAUGUUGCACCCUCUGCAAGCAGAUGCACCAUCCAGUUGCAGGAUCAUGAAACUAGCUGUGCUGCUUAUAGACUUGAAUUCUAAGUGUUUUUUUUACCAAGCUAAACAUCUAAAAUUUGGAUGGAGUACCUUGGGGUUUCUCUUUAAUGCUUUAGUAUACAUGUAUCAUCCGUUAAGGAUGUGUGGCUGUCAGCAGAAAUUGAUGCUUUCUGCAGUUCAAGGUAUUCAGUGAUUGCUCUUUGGCUAUCUACAGAACUUAGUGUGCAUUUGGAACAUUUUUACAAGUUUGAAAGGAUAUACAAUGAAAAAUUGAUAGUGCCCCAUCCAGGCACUUUUCUGAUUGAUUAGUUUUUUGUUUCAUUACAUGUGAUAAUUUCUUAUGAAAGGCCCUUGACACAAUUAUGGGCAUAGAGUUACCCCUCUCUAUUUGAAUAUUGAAAGGAAAAAAUAGGAACUGCCACUCAUGGAUCAAGACUUAGAAAUGCAACAGCUACUAAAUUAACUUGUGUGAUUUGAAUUAACUGAGAUGAUGCAUUGCAAUUGUUUGUGACUUAUGUACUAGGAGUUGUUAAUGUCAUAUCAAUUAUACACAAAUGUCACAAUGAAAUAUGAUAUUGAUUUGUAGCAGCUUACUGUAGUUUUGUCAGUGUUAUAGUGACAUAUUCAUUGUAUAAAAAUAUUACGAAAUGUACAUCUAUUUGAAAUUGUUCUGAUUUUGUUUGCAAAUUGCAAUGUUCAAGCUUACAAGUGCUCUCAUUGUUAGUUUGCAUAAAAGUUUGAUUAUGGAAGCUUGAGAAGUGAGAGAGGGCAUAAAGAUACAGUAAUGGUAGAUUGUAAUGUAGUAUUGGAGUUUUAUUGCAAAUUAAUUGUAGGAGGAGUAUGACCAAAUUCAUGUUGCUUCAAGUGCCUAGUAUAUAAAUCAGCAUUUUUGCUCAUUUGCUCAGUAACUGUAUUAAGCAUGUACCCAUAGUUUCAACCAGUCUCGCUUAAGGGAAAAGCAUUGUGCUUACCCAUCAGACAUUUUGUUCAAUAUAAAAUGAUCAUUGAUUCGAAAAGGACUGGGUUUUGCCUUUAACCUUUUGAAGGAAUCACAAAAUCACAUUGGCAGAUAAGUGAUAUACAUAUGAAUAUGCACAUGUUGAGAUUUGUAAUGUAAUAACAUAAGGUAGAGUUGAGUAUCAAGAUGGAUGGCACUGGCAUUUAUCACUUGUACACAUUAUAAUUGAUAUUUUCUCCCUUCUUUUGAACAUGUGUCUUUGCAAUAGUUUACAUUUACAUUUUUGUUUGACUGCUGCUUUUUGUGACCACAUUUUGUUCACAAAGCUUAAAUACUGAUUUUUUGCACGAUUUCCAAAAUUAGUAAUUGUAUUUAAGCUGAACAAAGUAAGGACACUUAGUCUUGUGGAUAACUGACCAUAAUUUAUCCAGUUGCUCAAUGUAUCACUUUUCAGAGUACAAAUUCCAUUUCCAGUUAAAAGAAAAACUUCUCUGUUUACUGAAAGCCAUAUUGAAUACCAGUGUUGAAUAUAUAGCGUGGUUUAAGCCAAGAUAAAUCUAGAUAAGAUAUUAUCAAAGCUCAGCAGAUGGCCUCCAAGGAACAUUUUACAGGAAACUGGAUGCAUAGAGGAAUCUUAUUCUAAGACCAGUUUAAAUUUAGAGAUAUUCCAAUUUUUACAGUAAUUAUAAAUAAACAUUAGGAUAAAAGCAAGUAUUGGUAUGAUGUAUGAAAAAAAUACAUUAUUCAAAUUAUGAAUUAAGAUUGAUUAGAAAUUAUGUUAAUGCAGCAGAUAAAUAAUACAAAAGAAUGUUAAGUGCUGUUCAUUUUAAGAAAGUUAUUCCUUUUUUAUUAUUUUAUUUAAAUAGGUCAUUUAAAAUGUAGCUGAUGCAUAGUAGUAUUGAGAUGUACAACCUGAAUGCCCGAAGUAUUUUAAGAUUUGCAGGUAAAGGUUUAGUCAGACAAUCUGCAGGAGAAAGAAUUUGUAAGCUGGAUAGUGAUUGUAGCCGUUUUUUGAAAAAAAAUGUACCUCUGUUUGAAGUUACUGAAGUACUAUUAUUGUGCAAUGCUUGUAUGUCUUACAAGAAAGACAUUAAAUUGUUGAAUUGCUAGUUGUAAUAGAUAGAGCUCCAUGUAUUACACUAAAGCUGAUUCAGUUACAAAUAUAAUAUCAGUAGAUGUUUAGCACGUUUUGUACGUUUUUGCCAUGUUGCAUUGCCUUUAUCCAUAAACCGCAUUUCUGCUUAAUAACAGAAUAUUCUGCAAGUGUCAUUUUUUCAUUGUUUUUAUGCCAUAUAGUUGGUAUGAAGUAAUACUAUGAAAUCUGCUACAGUUAAGGGAUGCUAUUUAUAUCCGUCUUUGUAUCUAUACUACUUGCAAUAUUUCAUUUGGAAUGUUAGCUCUUUUGAUGCACUAAAUUAACCAAAAGAAAAAAAAACUGAAAAAUUGUUGUACUAAUAAAAUAAAUUAUCAGAGGGAAAAACAUUUCUACAAAUAACUACACUAACAUUCCCUUUAUCAUUGCAUAAAAUGUUUUGUGCCAGUCAUACUUCAACAUAUUGCAAAAUUAAAAUUUCUGCAGCAUUAUGCACAUUUAUCACAUCACAGUGGCUAGCAUUCCAAACUUUCCUCUCAGUGUGUUUAAAUUCUGUCAAUAAAAUGUCAAAUUUGAGAAGCUAAGUACCAGCUUUUGCACAGGCUGAAAAUAAAAAACUUUUUCCUGGAA